AUGGAUACGGAGAACAUUCCUCACCCUUACGAGGACAACCGAGAUGCAGAGCGCCAGAGUCGUCAGUCCCGCAGCAGGAGCACGGCUGGGAAAGGUUCCAAGGCGUCGGUACGAACUCUGAAACGGGACAAGAGUCGGGACGGAGAAAGAGAUGAGAGGGACAGCUGUGCUGGGGACCAGGCUAAGACACGGACACAGGAAGUGGAUCCGGACCGGGACCGACUACGAGAACCUAACACCCUCGGAACACACGCUGUCGCCCUACUCCCGUACGCCCUCCCCCAGCCCUCGCAGAAAGGGACCUCGCGCCAAGAGGGUCUCCAGCAGUCCUCUACACAAAACAGGCGUCCGUCGGGGUGUGUCUCGCCCUCCCCGCGUGGGUGCCCAGCCCCAGCGGGCUCAGCGUUGGGGGUACGGACCGAGUCCCAGAGCCUGAUCAAGGACACCACGGCACCCCCUAAAGAUCUUGACCUGGUGACCAAGCGCAUGCUGUCGGCCCGCCUGUUGAAGAUCAACGAGUUACGCAACGCCCUGUCAGAGCUACAGCUCCACACCGACCAGAUAACUAAGGAGAACCGCAUCCUCAGACAGCUCCAUCACCGCCAGGAGAGGGCGCUGCAGCGAUACGACGACACGGAGAGUGAGAUCGCCCAGCUGCUGUCGCGCCACGCCAACGAGACCACAGCUCUGCGGGAACGUCUACGGCGGACACAGGAGAGGGAGCGGGACGCUGAGAGGCGACUCAAAGACACACAGGAGCAGCUGCAGCGUAGCCAGUCGUCCCUGGGUCGUCUGAGGCGUCUGGCAGAACAGCAGGAGUUAGGUCCCAGGGAGGAGCUCACCAGGAGACUAGAGCAGGAGAGGGCCAAGGACCAGGAGAACCAGCUAAAGAUCAAGGAUCUGGAGCGCAGAGUGGAACUGAGCAGCAGUAGUUACCAGAGACAGCUAGCUACAGAGAGGAGGAAGACCAUCAGUACCCAGGACCAGGUCUCAGACCUGCAGGAGGAGGUGGAACGACUCAGCAACAAACUCAAGGAGAAAGAGAGGGAACUGGACACUAGGAACAUCUAUGCCAACCGCUUGUUGAAACCAUCGCCCAGGAAUACAGACAACACCACAAAGAGGAAAGGCCCCAGUAUGUCCAGCUCUAAGGCAGUACAGACAGUGAACGAGAACUUGAGUCUCGACUUCCCGUCACCGCCCCCGGCCGUCACCGAGGGCAACUAUCACUACAACGACCAAGCCCCUGAUGACUACCUGUCACUCAAGCCAGGUGUCUCUAGUACACCUUACAGCUCUAGGGAGGUUGACAUAGCAGAGCGAAGGCCGAAGGAGACUGAGGAGAGAAAGGAGAGAGGGGAGCGAGAGAGGGUACAGAAGGAGAGAGAGAGGGAGAAGCAGAGGAUUGACCUGGAGUUGGACACACUUGAGGAAAAGACCAAGAGACUGAGAGAUGGCUGGGAGAAAGAGGAGGAAGAGAGUAAGAGGCUGAUCCAUAAGGAGGAAGAGAACAGGAAGAGGCGUGGCCAAGUCCAGGAAGAGGUUGCGAGGCGGAACCAAGAGGCGCUAGCCAGUCAGGAAGUGGCGGAGGCAGAGCGGCGCAGGAAGGAGCGACUAUUGGCAAAGCUGAGGGAAAUUGACAAGCAGAAUGAGCCACCCCAGAACGCUGGGCUGUUCUACGAGGUUGACCCAGAACCCCUGGAGUCUAGCUCAGGUUCCACUGCACGUUCUCCUCCACAGCUCUCCGACCCACGGAACCAGAACCCUUCCAUCUUCAGCUUCACUGAGCCGGAGGAGAUGGGCGGUCUGCGUGGGGGAGCGGGGAGCAGGGAGGGGGGCAAGUCAGGGCGAGGCGGGGCAGAGAGCGGUUUGGGUCCAGGAGCGGGGACUGGGAGGAGAGGGAUGAGGGCUCAGAACUCAAGCGAGGACCUGGCUUUCGGUAGCUACGCCCCGUCCUUUGGACGGCCGGCCCCACGAGGGGGUACAGGAUUCCCAACCCCACCGCCGCCCUCGGCUCUGGACGCUCUGCUGGGGCGGUCAGAGAGAGAGGAGAGAGGAGGACCAGGCCCGGGAAAGGAGAGGAAGUCUACUUUGUUGCAGCAGCUCUUUGGCCCCCCAUCCAGCCCCUCUCCGAUCUCCGACAGCCCCCCAGACGUCCUCUUUAACCCUCCCACUUCCACCCUCACCGGGCCCCGCAACUGCAGAGAGGGCUUUUUCCCCUUUGAGCCCAAGGCCCCUGCCCCAACAGGUUCCCUUGGACCCUUCCUUUCCUCCCUCCACGUGACCGAGAGCAGGCCGGCCGUACGAGCCAUUGCUUCCUUCGACGACGACAUCGAGGAACUCAAACUUUGAUCAAAUCACUUUUUUAUUAUUUUUAUUAUUCGUCUGUUGAGUAGGAACUCGCGGUCUGAUUAGUCAACGAAGGAGGAAGUGACACUUGGAUUGGCCGUUGAGGCUGUUAAUCACUAUACUAAGGGUGGACCCGGUGGUUGGGUUUUCACAGGGUUUUAAAAGCACUAAGUCGUAUUUGUUCUGCUAUCAGAUCAAUCUCAGCCUGGUUAUGGACUGUUUUAUGUGAUAGAUCAAUGUCUCUCAGUGUGUGUGUCAAUACCAUGUGUGUAUGUUGCUCAGGGGAGUCUGUAAAAUCAGGGAAGAACAGCAGCAUUUUCAGACAGACUUAGGCUCCGCCUCAAAUGGUGCCCUAAUGAAGACCACUUUAACGUUGAAUGAUGCACAGAGGAAGCAGCUGUAAUGUUGACAGCUUUAUUAACGUUGGUUAUUGAAUUGUGCAUCAGAGAUACAUUGUAUA